AUGCAAAACAAUAAUAUUGUGUUUCUAUUGGUGCUUAUUUUUAUCUUAUAUGGUCAAAGUAUACAGUUAUGUCAAAAACUUUCAACACAUCUUAUUAUAUCUACUAAUAAUAAAACAAUACCAAUUUCAAAUCGAUGUUAUAUAAUUGGACAAUGUCAUUUGACACUUACUAAUAGUGAUUAUUAUCAUCAUCAUAUUAAAUUAAAACGAAAUAAUGAUAGUUUUCAAUUAUUUUUCUCAUCAAAAUUUAAACUUUUAAUUAAUCAUGAUCAACAUAAUGGAAAAAUAUUAUUUUCAUCAAUAUCAAACAAUGGAAUAAUAAAUACAAAAAAUAUAUCAACAAAAAAUUGUUAUAUAGAAAAAGAAUUUGUCAAGCGUAAUACACGACAAUAUGAUCGAUCAGGAUCAACAUCAUCAAUAGUAAUUACGUUUAAUUCAUCAUCAUUUAUUGAUUAUCGUCAUAAAGAUACACUUGCUUAUCCUUUACGUUUAUCAAUACGUUUUCGUACAUUAGGUAGAAUCUCAAAUGGUGUUUUACUUUCUUUAACUUGUAAAUCUACAACAUCAAUAUUACCAUUUAUUAUAAUUGAACAUACAAAUGGAAAAAUCGAAAUCACUAUUCUUCAAUUAGAUCAAAGAAAUGCAUUAUCGUCUGUCACUACUGUUCAAUGUGGUAAAAAUGUAAACAAUGAUAAUUGGCAUAAAUUACAAUUUGAAAUUGAUCUAAAUGGAGUACUUCAAAUUGUUGUUGAUGAUGAUAUACGAACAUCACAAAUUCCUAGUUAUGUUGUAUCAAGUUGGAAUAUAAAUGCAUUAUUAGUUGGUGAUACACGUCGUUUAAAUACAGAUAUAUUUCAACCAUUUAUUGGUUAUAUGAGUGAUCUUAUAUUUAAUAAUGAAUAUUUAUUUACAAGUUUAACAACACGAAAACAAUCAAUUCAAUCAUCAUUUCAUUAUUAUAGUCAUCAUAUUAUAGUUGGUUAUCGUAUAGCAUUUUUUAAUUUAGUUACUAUUGAAACACAAACAUCACAUAUAGCUUUUUCUGAACGUGAAAGUCAAAAUAAAAAUCAUGGAAAACUUGAUAUUUAUUUUUUAUUUCGUUCUUAUGUACCAGAUGGAAUUAUUUUAUAUCGUUAUGCACAAGGUUUAAAUGAAUAUUUUGCUAUUGGUUUAAGAGCUGGAAUAUUAACAUUAUUUAUGGAUUUUGGUUUUGGUAAACGACAAAUAGUUAGUGAUGAAUCAACAAAAUUAGCAGAUGGAAAAUGGCAUGAAGUACGAGUAACAAAAAUUGGUACUGAUAAAAUCGAAUUAGUUGUUGAUAAUCGUGUAAAUCGUUCAACAUUAUCAGGUAAUGGUAUUCGAAAUGCUGUUUCACUUCAACCUGUACUUUAUAUUGGUGGAAUACCAAAUAGUAAUCAAAUUAAUUUAACAGAUUCUGGUCUUAAUUCUUAUGGAUUUCAAGGUUGUUUAUCAAGUUUUAUUGUUGAUGGUCGUUUACUUGAUUAUCAAACAGCAUUAGUACUUCAUGGAAAAAUUAAUAUGAAUAUUUGUUCAGAUUUAAAUAAACUUUGUUAUGAUUUUACAUGUAUUCAUUCUGGUAUAUGUUUAACAAAUGAUAAUGAUGAUGGACCUCAAUGUGAUUGUAUUGAAACAGCUUAUAUAGGUGAACGUUGUGAUAAAUUACCUAAUGGUUUUUAUUUUGGUAAAAAUAAUUUAAUUGGUUCACUUGAAUAUGUUAUGGCACAAUCACGUCAAACUGAACAUGAUAUAAUUACAUUUGGUCUUCAAACAUUUUCUAUAUCAGCUCAAAUAUUUCGUCUUGAAUCUGAUUUAAAUUUAUAUUAUCUUGAAUAUGAAAUAGUACGAGGACGAUCAUAUAUAAAAUUAAAUUUAGGCGAAAAACAAUCAGAUAUUUAUUCAGCUAUAACUCAUAUAACAGAUGGAAUAUAUCAUGCAAUUAAAAUAAUUCGAAAAUUUUCAAUUAUUGAAUUAUAUGUUGAUGGUAUUAGAAUUAAAUUAGAAGGUGGAAAUAAAUAUAUACAUCAAUUAGAAUCAAAAUAUUUUCUUGCACAACGACGAUUAAGAAUUGGAAAUUUUAAAAAUAUUUCACAAUGGAAUGGAAUUCUUGCUGGUUUAACAUUUAAUCGUCAAUCAAUAUUUGAUAGUCUUAGUUUUACACUUAUUCGAUCAGGUGAUGUCGAAGAAGUCUAUCCUGAUCAAUAUAUUGGUCAAUUUAAUUUAACUUCAAUAUCAUUUAUAUCUUCAAUAGAUACAUCUAUUCUUCCAACAAGUACAUUAAUAACUUCAAUAAUAAAUCUAACAAAUGAAAAUUCAAGUAUUCCAAUUCUUGGUCAUUUAUAUCAUAAUGAACCAAUAACAAAAAUAAAUAUUAUAACACCAAAAUCAAUUAAUAAUCGAGGAAUAUUUUUUCAAUGGUUAUUUAAACAAAUAAAAUAUUUUCCUAUACGUAGUCUUAUAAUUGGUUUAAUUAUAGCUAGUUGUUUUGUUUUCUUUUUAUUAUUUAUAAUUAUACGUUUAUAUUGUAAAAAUCGUUCAAUUGAAAGAAAAAAUCUUUCAUGUAAACAUCAUCAAACAAAUGGUAAAAUAUAUUCACAAUUACAUCAACAAAGUAAACGUUAUUCAAUUGUACCAAGUGAUAAUCAUGAAUCAAAAAAACGUGUACCAAAAUUUCUUCGACAUUUACAUACAAAUGAAACAAAAUCAACAUCAUUUCGUUUAUCAGCAAAUGGUGGUGAUAGUUAUCAUCUUAUAUCAUCUAUACAAGAUAGUAAAUCAUUACCAUAUCGUAAUUCUGAUUGUGUUUUAAGUGAACAUUGUUGUGUACAUUCAAGUUUAUCUCAACCAAUAUCAUCAUCAUCAUCUAUAUAUCAUCAAAUAAAUCGUUUAAUGUUAUCAGGUAGUGAUCCACCAUUACCAUUAACUAAUGUUUCACAAUCACAUUCUCAUCAAAUAUCAACAGCAACAUUACGUUCAUUAAAAAAAGAAAUUGAUAAUUCAAGUGCACAAACAUAUUCAGCUGUUUAUUCAUGUGAUCUUGUGGCAAAUUUAGAUAUUGAUCAAGAUAUUACACAAAAACGUUCAUCUAUAAAAAGAAGAUCUAUUUUGAAAAAUACUCAUUCAUCAAUAAUUCAAACUAAAAUUUUAUUUCUUUAUGUUAAAAAUCUUGUUGAUUGUUAUGCAUUACAACCAAGUAAUAGAACAAAUAAAGAGCCCAUUGUUUUAGCUACAGCUGAUGAGAAUCGUAUUCAAUUAUCUCAUGCUCUUACAGGAAGUUUUCAUUCUCGAUUACCAAUCGCAUCAGCUGGUUCUUGUCAUAAUCUAUUAUUUUCAUAUAAUGGUCAAUAUCUAAUUGGAUUAUUCUAUGAAAUAACAUCAAAUUUAAAUCCUUAUGCUGUUAAAAUAUGGUCAUCAAAUGAUUAUUCAAUUCGUCCAAAUUUACAUCCAAUAAAAUGUUCAAUAGCAUUAACAUCUCAACAUUCAUCUAUACUUUAUAUGGCUGGUAAACAAAAAUAUGGUCGUGGUAUAUCACUUGGUUUACUUGAUAUUGAUACAUGUAAUCUUAUACGUGAACUUAAAUCAGAUCCUGAUACAUCAAUAGGAGAUGAAAUUCAACGAAUUAUUCUAACAAAAAAUGAAACAUAUGCACUUAUUGCAUGUACAGAACAUGCAAGUACAUAUACAUGUUUUGUUAUUUUUAAAUUAGAAACAAUAAUAAAUCAAAAUGAUGAAAAAUCAUCAUUAACAUCAAAUUCAUUGAGUAAUUGUACAAUGAUUUUAACUAGAUUUGAUUCAGAUUCAAAUAAUACAUUUUCAAUAAAUGAUACUAAUAAUAAUAAUAAUGAUAAUAAUAAUAUUAUUGAUCAACGUAUGUUAACUGUAUUACGUACAAAUCAAAUACUUAUAUGGAAAUUAAAUGAUGGAGAAAUUUUAUUUAAUUAUGAUUUUCAUCAUUUAAAUUCUGAUAAUGAUAAUCUACAACAAAUACUUAAUUGUCAAAUGAAUGAUAAUCGUUUAAUGAUACUUAUUGAACAAGGUUUAAUACAUAUAUGGGAUAUAACAUUUAUGACAGGUCAAUUUUCAUUAAUUGCAACUAUAUCUGAUCCAUUAAUUCAUUCAAUUAGUUGGCUUGAUCAACGACAUUUUCUUUCAGUUGAUAAUGAUGGUCAACGUAUUCGUACAUGGAAUAUACAACGUAAAGAUAUUCUUAAUGAAUUAAUAUCAUCACAAAAUAUACUUCAAUCAUUUCAUGUACAUUUAUUAACAAAUGAUUCUAAUAAACGACAAGAAUAUUUAAUUAUUGGUAAAUCAAUUAAUGAACGUGAUUUACUUAUAUUUGAAUAUACACAACCAUAUGAUGAUCAAACUGAUUCAUCGAAUAUUUCUGUUUGUUAG